AUGCUUCACAGCGAUGCGCCAACCUCUCAACUCCUGCCCAAAGGCCGAUCGACGCUGGUCAUAAUACAACUAGCAGGAAUUAACUUCGUCACCAGCUUCAGUGGAGGCUUGAUCGUUGUCGCGCUGCCCGCCAUCUCAGCCUCUCUCGACUUGCAGCGCAGCCUUAUGCUCUGGCCCAUGUCCGCCUACGCCCUGACGACCGCCUCGUGUCUCUUGCCUGCCGGAGCCGUGGCAGACAUCCUCGGAACGCGAGUGGUAAAUCUGGUUGGCUGCUUCUUCAUCGCUUCCUUCAUCUUGAUUGCCGGGUUUGCGCGGACUGGUCUCCAGCUGAUCAUGUUCCGCGCCAUGCAAGGCAUUGCCGCUGCGCUUGCUCUGCCGUCUGCACUCUCUAUAAUAUCUGGAUCCAUUGAGAGCGGGAAGCGGCGAAAUGUCGCCUUUGCCACGUUGGGUCUUGCGAUGCCACUAGGAUACUCUUUCGGAGUGGUUCUCGGCGGAGUCUUCGUCACUGGCCCUGGAUGGCGAGUAGGUUUUUAUGUUGGCGGAGCGGUGACGUUCCUCUUGUUCGCCGUGGGUAUUUGGGCUCUGCCGACAGAAGAUGCAAGUAAUCGACCGGAAUUGUCGUUGUGGAAGCGACUCGCCCGUGAAGUGGACUGGGUUGGAGCUACCAUUGCCAGUGCAUCCAUCGCACUUCUUUCCUACGUCCUUGCAACGCUUUCAGCCAGCACCGACAACAUUAAGAAGGCCUCAAACGUUAUCGUGCUUACGCUGAGCAUCGCACUCAUGCCCGCCUUCGUUUAUUGGAUGAAACGACAAGAAAGACUCGGGAAGCCAGCGCUGAUACCCAACUCGCUGUGGAAAAGCCUGACAUUCACCUGUAUCUGUAUAGUCGUUCUGCUAUCCAAUGCUGUCGCCGACGCCGGCGAACUAUUCGCCAGUCUAUUCUUCCAAGAAGUCCAAAACCUCUCCGCACUGCAAGCGUCGAUCCGGAUCCUCCCCAACGUCGUGCUCGGCAUCGUCACCAACUUGUCCACCGGCGUCUUCGUCAAUAAAAUGCCGGUGGUGUACGCCGUAUUCACCAGCUGCGCGCUGUGUGCCAUCUCCCCACUCUUGAUGGCCAUCAUCAAUCCCGCUUGGCCCUACUGGUACGAUGCAUUCUUUGCGCAGCUCCUCGGCCCAAUUGCCGCAGAUGUCAUCUUCACCGUCGGCAUCCUCAUCAUCUCCGAUGUCUUCCCGGCGAGAACUCAGGCUUUAGCCGGCGCAGUCUUCAACGCCCUGUCUCAGCUCGGUACCUCGGUUGGACUGUGCAUCACGCAGGUGGUCUCUGUUGCAGUAACGCGGGGAUCGGACCACGACAUCAAGCCGUCCGACGAAACGUUACUGGCGGGGUACCGAGCGACGUUCUGGACGUUAUUCGCAUGGAUGCUUGCGGCUUGCUUCAUUGGCGCUUUUGGGCUGAGGAAGGUGGGUAAAGUGGGGGAGAAGCGUGAUUGA